AUGAAUUCCGCGGACGGCAGGAAAUGCCUGGCGCUGAUCGUGGCCCUGUCGACGGUCGGGAUGGCUGUCGUGGAGCCGAUUGUCAUGGUGGUGGUGGCGGCCGUGGUGGUGGGGGGAGGGUGGCUGGCCAACUCCAUGUGGGUCUAGGCUGAGGCUAACGAGUGGAUGCUUGUCAUCCAGGACGGUGAACUCAAACGGGCAGGGAUCGGCCUGAAAACCCUUGCGAGUAUGUCCCACACGGUCGUCCGAUACCCCGCCUCGCUCAACACUGUCUCCUUCGAGGCUAACAAUAUCACCAAGGAGGUGCAGGGCAUCGAGAUCACAGGGUUCGCUAUCUGGACGGUCUACAGGGAGGAUGACGGCCCGUUCCGAUGCUACAAGUAUGUGGUGGGGGGUGAUGCCAACAGCAACAUCCAGACUGUCUGCGAAUCGAUCGUCAGGGACCAGAUCGCCAACGCCACGCUCUCGGAGGUGCUGUUCGAGAGGGCCACCAUCCGUGAGCGCAUGCGAAAGGAGUUGCAGAAGCAGCUGAGUGGAUGGGGCAUUUGGCUUGAGACGAUCGAGAUCCAGACCGUGACGAUCAGCUCCUCCAGCUAUUUCAAGGAUCUGCAAGAGGACUUCCGAGUGCGCCUGCAUACCGAGGCUGAAACCCUCCGCCGUGAUUCUGAAGGUAAGCUAAAGCUGCACGAAAGCGAGAUCGAGACCAGCAUCGCCACUCUCAAGAACGAGCAUCGCACCCGCAUCGACGGCCUCGAGCAGGACCAGAAGGCGCUCCGCGACCAGACCCUCGCCGAGCACAACCACCGGAUCUCCGAACUCGAGCUCGGCAAGGUCAAGCUCAGCGAGCAGCUCGAGCUGACCACCCAGAAGAUCUCGGCCGAACUGGAGUCCGCCCAGCUGGCCAGCACUCGUGGCCUGGAGCUGAAAGAAUUCGAGCUGAAGAACGAGCUGAGGGGGAAAGUGGCCUAG